UUUGCGUACGAGGACUAAUCUUGGGCUUCCUAUUUUUUUGCUUGACAUGUUUGCCUACCAAUAAUUCGAUUAGGGUUUUGUUGUUAGCGUGGUUCAAGUGUUCAUGUGCCGAUGGGUCUGAAAAGCUCCAAAGUAAGGAUUGAAGUGCCCGAAAUUUUGCUGAUUGGGUUUGAAGUAAAUCGUCCCUUAUACUUUUGGCUAAUUUUGAUAAUAACCAUAAUUGCUAUAUUAGGUAACAUUCUGGUGGUGCGAACUGUAAUAUGUAGGAAAUACAAGUACCUACAGAAAACAUGCAUUAUUUCACUGGCUCUAUCCGAUAUCAUUACUGUAAUACUCUUCUCUAUGAACAAUUUGGAUUUGCUUAGCAAAAAACGGAUGACUUGGAUAUAUGGUGAGUACAUGUGCCACUAUAUUCCCGUAGGACAAGUAUUGGGAAAUUUAACUAGUUCUGUGGCACUUUUGGUUAUUGCUCUGGAUCGCUAUCAUAACGUGAUCCAUGCCAUAACCAAGAAAUGGGAUCCGUGCUUAUGGAAAUGCAUUUGCGGAGCCACAAUUCUCUGGAUGAUAUGUGCAGGCCUUUCUUAUCCAGUGGUGACUUUCUACAUCUAUUUCCCCAUAUUGAUAAACGAAGUGGAUGAAGCUGCAAUGUGCACAGGAGCCCCAGUGACCAAAUCCACAAUUUUCCUUUAUUACAUAUGCAUGAACUGUUUGUUCUUUUUGCCAAUAGUUUUGAUGUUUUUUUGGUUCUACUAUAAGAUCGCAUUUCUUAUUUGGCGACACCGAAAACCACCGGCUGAACAUUUAAAUCAACAAGAAUUUACCGACACGUCUUGUUCCUCCAAGCCUACGCAAACGCAAGAUUCAUGUGUUUCACUUAGUAAAUGUACGGACAAAAAGAAAAAGGUGCAAAUGGAGAGAAAAGUCCGAAGCUUUAAAAUCGUCGUAACUCUUAUAAUCGCUUUUAUCGGGUGCAGAAUGCCGUAUUGGCUGGUAAUGCUUUAUCAGCAAGCUAAAAGCGUCGAUAGAAAUAUCCUGUGGAACCUGAGAUUUUCGGCCAUCUCCCUAUAUCUUUUAAAUUGCGCCCUAAAUCCAUUACUCUACACCUAUUUAAACAUCACCAUACUGGCGUGUAGGAAAAUCAGUAAAUUUUUGGCGAACACUUUUUGCUGCUGGUUUUCGAAUUCGGAAUUCGAGGAUUUCGAAACAGGCAAACAUACAGCUGAAGGAAUAAUGAGAGUGGAGAAUAACGAAGUUGGGAAUAAUGCUGAUAAGUUGAACGAUAGUCGGGUUAAGGUGCAGUUUAUUGAUGUUCCAAUAUCAAGAUACAAAGAAAAUAAAGUGUAUUAAUACAUUUCUAUAGACCGUU